GUAGGAAGCCGGGAUUGGUCCAGAGCCGGCGGGGGCGUGUCCCAGGCUCCCAGGAAGGAGCAGAGUAGGUGGACUCCUGAGAUAGAGCAGGCCGCCUGGCAGCGCCGGCCUCUCUGACCCGGACUUCUGCCCUCCGGACAUGGCCCCAGGCUCCCUCGAUCCCCAGCCCUGUGGCCCUGUGGGAGUGAAGACAGCCUAAGCACCGCCACCCCAGGGCCCGUGCCCAUGCCCCUGACACGGGCACAGCCGGCCCCUGGCCCGGAGGCCAAGGAGACGGUGGCUCCAGCUGUGGACCUGGUGCUGGGCGCCUCAGCCUGUUGCCUGGCCUGUGUCUUCACCAACCCCCUGGAGGUGGUGAAGACGCGGCUGCAGCUGCAGGGGGAGCUGCAGGCCCGGGGCACCUAUCCUCGGCACUACCGGGGCUUUGUGGCCUCCGUCGUCGCUGUGGCCCGUGCAGAUGGGCUGUGCGGCCUGCAGAAGGGGCUGGCUGCCGGCCUCCUCUACCAGGGCCUCAUGAACGGCGUCCGCUUCUACUGCUACAGCCUGGCAUGCCAGGCCGGGCUCGCCCAGCAGCCGGGUGGCACCGUGGUCGCGGGCGCUGUGGCAGGGGCACUGGGAGCCUUCGUGGGGAGCCCUGCUUACCUGGUCAAAACGCAGCUGCAGGCCCAGACGGUGGCCGCGAUGGCUGUGGGACACCAGCACCCUCACCAGAACGUCCUGGAUGCCUUGGGGACCAUCUGGCGGCAGCGGGGCCUGGCGGGGCUGUGGCAGGGUGUGGGUGGGGCCGUGCCCCGGGUCAUGGUCGGCUCGGCUGCUCAGCUGGCCACCUUCGCCUCCGCCAAGGCCUGGGUGCAGGAGCAACAGUGGCUCCCAGAGGACAGCUGGCUGGUGGCCCUGGCCGGGGGCAUGAUCAGCAGCGUAGCUGUGGUCACAGUCAUGACCCCCUUCGACGUGGUCAGCACGCGGCUGUACAAUCAGCCUGUGGACGGAGCGGGCAGGGGCCGGCUGUAUGGCGGCCUCGCUGACUGCCUGGUGAAGAUCUGGCGGCAGGAGGGCCCCCUGGCGCUCUACAAGGGUCUGGGCCCCACCUACCUGCGCCUGGGUCCCCACACCAUCCUCAGCAUGCUCUUCUGGGAUGAGCUCCGGAAACUGGCCGGGCGGGCCCAGCACCAGGGCAGCUAGGCGGCGUCCUUCACCCUGACACAGCCGUGCCCUUGGCAGGAAGCGACGGCCUGCUCCACCUGGGAAUGGCCGUCCAGGAGCCCGCCCAGGCCCAGGCCCUGCCGCAGGUUCGGGGAGAGUGUAGACAGCUGUGGUCAACCCAGCCCCAUGGCCCACCCAGGGCCAAAACGGAUCCGCCUUGAAUCACCACACACUCUGUUCUCCAGAAAGUUUCUCUUCCCUCUCUGUCCUGGGUAACCUUAUCCCAUUGUUAUAAUAACUGCUUCAGGCUGUGAACAUUACCAUGAGCUGGGCCACUUACGUGUGCCAGAUCGCUUAGUCCUCACACAGUACGAGACGGUAAAAUGCUCUGUUACUGAUUCGGAAGCGGGGGCUCUGAAAGGUGAAGUGCUUUGACCAAAGCCACACAGCUUUGAAGGGGCAGAGAACCCAGCUCUGCCCAGCCCAGACCUGUGCCCUUGGCAAGAGCCAGGACCGUGGGUGCUGGGGUGCCCCUGAGGGAUCACUAUACAUGUGGGGAGGCCCUGGGGAGCACCGUGAGGCCGUAAUAUCAUCGUCUGUGCUAGACUGCCAGGGCCGCCAUCAUAGAGGACCUCAGACUAGGCGGCUUAAACAAAAGAACGUUACUUUCUCAUAAUUCUGGAGGCCAGAUGUCUGAUCAAGGUGUCGGCAGGGU